GCGGGGAGGGGGCCAACUAAACCCCAUAAUAGCCAUCAUCAUCUUACUCGCAAACCAACCCCCCACCCCGUCCUCCAAUUCAUUUCUUCCUCAUUUCCACAAAAUAGUACAUACUACUCUAUUUAUUUGUUUAUUUAUUAUUUAUUUGUUCUUUCCUUCUUCUCGGGGUCCCGAUCUACCGUUUCUUCUCCUUCGUAGUUUGCAAUUACGCCUCCUCUUCCUCCUCCUUUCUUCAUUUUCACCUCUUUUUUUGACUUCCAACAUUUCUAGAAACCUCUUUUUUCCCCUUCGAUCGUCUCUAAUCCAGGAAAUGGCUGCAGAGCCUACAAAAGAACAUGUUGAUGUUGCUGACACUGAACCUGUCACAUUAGCUACUGAUAAUGAAGAGAAGAUAAAAAAGGAGAAAAAGAAGGGAUUUUUUUCAAGAAUGUGGAAUAGUAUAUUUAGGUCCAAAAAGGAUGAUUUUGAGAAGAGAUUACAACACAUUUCCAAGGAGGAGGCUGCUGUCAUUGCCAGAAUAAAUAAGCGGUCUCAAAAUUGGAGAAGGAUGACAAGACAUCUCAUUAUACUUUCUGUACUUUUUGAGGUUAUUGCAGUGGGUUACGCUAUCAUGACAACAAGAUCCCUUGAGCUGGACUGGAAAAUGAGGGCAUUGCGGGUUUUACCAAUGUUUCUGUUGCCUGGAUUGUCCUUCCUUACAUAUUCAGCGAUUGGAAGUUUCACAAAGAUGUGUGAACGCAAGGACCAGAAAACUCUAAAAAAACUACGAGCUGAAAGGCAGGCCAAGAUUGAGGAACUCAAAGAGAAGACAAAUUACUAUAUAACACAACAGCUCAUUCAGAGAUAUGACCCCGACCCAGCAGCUAAGGCAGCUGCAGCCACUGUACUUGCAUCCAAGCUUGGUACAGAUACUGGCUUGAAAGUGUACGUGGGAGAUGACACUAAGCAUAAUGUUCCUACUGGGAAGAGCAACGAUGUUGAAGUAGUGCAAUCUACUGGGCUGAGAAAUAGGAAGCAGGCAAGGUCUAGUAGUCCAGAGAGUGCUGUAAUGGAUCAUCCUGGAACAGAAAUGCUUCAAAAUACACAGCUUGAAGGUUCUGAUAUGACUCAGCAUCAGCAAACGGUUGUUGAGCAUUACAAUCCGACAGGAUCCAGCUCACAAGAUGGAGGAUGGCUUGCACGAAUUGCAGCAUUGCUUGUGGGAGAGGAUCCAACCCAGUCUUAUGCACUCAUCUGUGGCAAUUGCCAUAUGCACAAUGGGUUGGCCAGGAAAGAGGACUUCCCUUUCAUAACCUACUAUUGCCCUCAUUGUCAUGCCUUGAAUAGGCCUAAGCAACUUGAUGAUCGUGUCUCUGGUACCGGUACACCUAACCUCGGUUCCGCUACUGCUUUGGCUGAUGUUCAUUUGGUCAAACAAGUCGGUGGAUCCACUCCGGAUAAAAUACCUGCAUCAGCAAGUGGGAGUCCUGUAGCAACUCCAGUGGAAACAGAAGGUGAUAACAUAGUGUCCAGUGCUUCUAACAGCUAGUAGAUCGCGAGUUUUGAAUAGAGUCAUGCAGGCGAGUGCUUUUUCUCCCUAUAUGUGUAGCGGGUUUUUCUUCUUUUCUUGGUAUGUGUAAUUGUCUGUUGUAAACCUAGUACAAAAACAUAUUCAUACGGCAGCUUCCCUGGAAACCUUUAUACAGGUGGAAUAUACCUCAAUUUCCUCCA